GGGCUGAGCAUUACAGGGACUCCUACUGACUGGGCAGAUGGGUGGAUGAGCUCCCUCUCCCCAGAGCCAUAAGCUGGGUAGCAAGGCUUGACCUUAUGGAUUCCCAGAGGGAAGACCUGAGCCUACCUGGUGUGUGGGUCUCACUGUACUUUGGAUUCCUGGGGCUGUGUUCUUUGGCAACCGGCGGCUGCAUUCUCUUUCUGCACUGGAGGAAGAAGUUGCGACGGGAAAAGCGUGCCCAGGAGUGGGUGGAGGUGAUGAGAGCCGCCACGUUCACAUACAGCCCCCUGUUGUACUGGAUUAACAAGCGUCGGCAUUAUGGCAUGAACACAGCCAUCAAUACGGGCCCUCCCUCUGCUGUCACCAAGACAGAGACUGAGGUCCAGAAUUUAGAUCCUCUGUGGGAAUUGGACAUCCCUGGGAGCAGGAGCUCUGCUGCUCAUGAUAGCAGCCCCAAAGGGGAGGCCCCUGCCCCACUGCAACCUGCACUGCAGCUGGUCCCGCAGGAGCCCUUACCUUCCCCAGUGCUGCAGUCCUGGACUAGCUCCCCACUCCCGGUGCCCAUCUUUCAGGAGGUGCCCUUUGCCCUUUCCCUGUGCAACCUGCCCCCAAUGCUGAACCACUCGGUCUCCUACCCUUUGGACACCAGUCCUGAAAGGAAUGUCCACUUCCAUUCCCUCCCCACUAUGGCCCAUGGAGACCACUGCUUCAGUGCCAAACCUUUUGCUGCAGAAUUUUAGCCUCCUCUCACGGAGGAGGGGAAGGGGGGCAGAGCAGGAAAAUGGAGCUAACCUCAGGGAGGUGGUACUGACACAGAGGCCAGAACCCAUCUGGAUGUCACAUUAUUAAAGACUAAAAGAAGUCCAAA